CCUAGUAACCCACAUGGAGACCGAUUUUCCUGUGUUUUGAGUUUCGGCGCCGCGUACGGCGGGGUGAAAAUAUUUGUGGCUCAGGAGGGGUUUUGUAAGCUACAGAGCUAUUUUCCAGUUUCAGAAUAAGGACUUUAUGAUUCAAGAUUAACUAUGAAGAUCGAGGAGGUAAAAAGCACCACGAAAACUCAGCGCAUCGCCUCCCACAGUCACGUCAAAGGACUGGGGCUAGACGAGGCCGGGAAUGCUAAACAGUCAGCAUGUGGGCUAGUGGGCCAGGAGGCUGCAAGAGAGGCUUGUGGCAUUAUUGUUGAACUGAUCCGUUCAAAAAAGAUGGCAGGGAGGGCGGUAUUACUGGCAGGGCCACCAGGUACAGGAAAGACUGCCCUUGCAUUGGCUGUAGCACAAGAGUUGGGAAAUAAGGUGCCUUUCUGCCCUAUGGUCGGCAGCGAAGUCUACUCAUCUGAGAUUAAAAAAACAGAAGUACUAAUGGAGAAUUUCAGGAGGGCCAUAGGACUGCGCAUCAAAGAAACAAAGGAGGUGUACGAAGGGGAGGUGACAGAGCUGACCCCCUGUGAGACUGAGAACCCCAUGGGUGGCUACGGAAAAACUAUCAGUCAUGUCAUCAUCGGUCUGAAGACAGGCAAAGGCACAAAGCAGCUCAAGCUGGACCCCAGUAUUUAUGAGAGCCUUCAGAAAGAACGUGUAGAAGUGGGAGAUGUCAUCUACAUUGAAGCCAACAGUGGAGCCGUAAAGAGGCAAGGUCGCUGUGACACAUUUGCUACAGAGUUUGAUCUGGAGGCAGAGGAGUAUGUGCCUCUGCCCAAAGGUGAUGUCCACAAAAAGAAGGAGAUCGUUCAAGAUGUCACACUGCACGACCUGGAUGUUGCAAAUGCAAGACCUCAGGGAGGCCAAGACAUCCUCUCCAUGAUGGGACAGCUGAUGAAGCCCAAAAAGACAGAAAUCACAGAUAAAUUGCGUGCAGAGAUCAACAAGGUGGUGAACCGCUACAUUGACCAAGGUGUAGCUGAGCUCGUGCCUGGUGUGUUGUUUGUGGACGAGGUGCACAUGCUGGAUAUCGAAUGCUUCACAUACCUCCAUCGAGCACUCGAGAGCACCAUCGCCCCCAUUGUUGUCUUCGCCUCUAACAGAGGAAAUUGUUUAAUUAGAGGGACAGAAGACAUCAGCUCUCCACAUGGAAUUCCUCUGGAUCUGCUGGACAGAGUCAUGAUCAUCCGUACCAUGUUGUACACGCCACAGGAGAUGAAGCAGAUCAUCAAGAUCCGAGCACAGACUGAGGGGAUUACGAUCAGCGAGGAAGCUCUGACACAUCUGGCAGAGAUUGGCACAAAGACCACCCUCAGGUACGCUGUGCAGCUGCUUACACCAGCCAGUCUACUGGGUCGAGUUCAGGGCAAAGAGUCUGUGGAGAGGGAGCAGGUCGAGGAGAUUAACGAGCUGUUCUAUGACGCCAAGUCUUCUGCCAAAAUCCUGCAGGACCAGCAUCACAAGUUCAUGAAGUAAAACUCCCCUUAGGGCUGUUGUUUUCAGCCAGUUGUUACAUUGUUCACACUGAUUCUCCAUUCUCAUCCCAGGCUUAGUUUCUUUGUUUUUUGCCAUCUCUACUCUAACUUUCUGGUUCUUUUGCAUCACUUAUUACUGUUAUAGUUUUGUUUGAAUAAAUUUUAAGUGUUAUUCGUUCUGUUUGUGAAUGAAAAUAAUUUUUGAAUAAAAAGACAAAGGCAAAUUGA